AUGCACAAUAGGUAUAAUUUCCCCGUCCUUGCUGAAUGGAUCCUCAUGCACAAAGCCAACUGCAACUGUUUACAGAAGAAACAUGGCUUCAUGGUCAUGCUAUGCUACGACAUCAGGAUCCGCAAUAACGCUUUUGCGUUCAGAGUCAAAAAAGAUGGCAUCAGGGACAGCCCCUACGCCAUAGGCGGACCCACAUUUGGAUGGGAUCCCCACACCGGUCAGAGGUCCACCAAACCGUCCAGCUCAACCCUAAUGUCAACCAACAACAAAGCAGCCAUCAGCAAUGCUGGCACGGCGACAACUUCAUUGACACCAAACCAGACCAAGGCAGAACCCCUAGAGGUUCGGGGUACAAAGGGAGAAAUUUCAAUCCGAACCACAGUGUCCCCUCCAGAAGAAGAGGAAACGAUUUCCUUUAGAGAUGGGACCGGCGCAUCCGGAUAUCCGUUCGGAUUCAGAUAUCCCCUCACGAUUUCAGCCAAAUCAGACAUCCGCAUCCGCUGGCGGAUACCCGCGGAUAUCCGCCCCAAAAAUGACCCCCAGGCUGCAAAAUGA